AUGGCUUCAGCUCCCCAAAAAAGAACGCUGGACCGGGGUCCCAGUAACGGACAACCAAAAAGACAGAAAAAAAACGAUAUUAAUGGGAAAAAUGCAACACAUCCUCUGAACGGGGAUCAAAGACUCAGUAAGAUUCCAGUUGGAUCAUCAUACAACGAUGCACAAUGGCAGGCUACCGUUGAUAAGGUGGUUAAGGCAGUGGUUUCUAUUCAUUUUAUGCAGGUUGAAGAUUUCGACACUGAAUCUGCAAUGUGUAGUGAGGCUACUGGAUUUGUUGUUGAUGCAAACAUGGGACUUAUUCUCACAAAUCGGCACGUUGUGAAUCCAGGACCGUUUAUUGGUUAUGCCGUUUUUGAUAACCAUGAAGAAUGUGAAGUGAAGCCAAUCUAUAGAGAUCCUGUUCACGAUUUCGGAUUCUUGAAAUUCGACCCCUCAGAAAUAAAAUACAUGCAGGUUACCGAAUUGAAAUUGAAACCAGAACUCGCAAAAGUUGGUUGUGAGAUAAGAGUUAUUGGUAACGAUUCUGGCGAAAAGCUUUCUAUUCUGUCAGGUUUCAUAUCCAGAGUUGACAGAAAUGCUCCCGAUUAUGGUCCACAAUCCUACAAUGACUUCAACACUGAAUACAUACAGGCAGCUGCAUCUGCAUCCGGUGGUUCAUCUGGUUCUCCAGUUGUGAAUAUGGAAGGCUAUGCUGUUGCCUUACAAGCAGGAGGCUCAACAGAAUCGUCCACAGAUUUCUUUCUUCCAGUUUUUAGAGUGUUGAGGGCUUUAAAAUGUAUUCAGGCCAAGAACAAGGUUACAAGAGGUACCAUCCAGGUUCAGUGGGUGCUUGAACCGUUUGACAAAUGCCGGAGAUUAGGAUUGACAUCAGAGAAGGAAAAGAUGAUGAGAGAACAUUUCCCUCAGAUCAACGGCUUGCUCGUGAGCUCCAUAUCUCUUCCAGAAGGUCCAGCAGACAAAUUGAUUAAAGAGGGAGACUGCCUCAUUUCCAUCAACGAUACAUUAAUCUCUUCGUUUGUCACUGUUGAUGAGAUAUUGGAUAAAAGUAUUGACAAAGACGUUCAUAUAGUGGUCCAAAGGGGUGGAAAGGACAUCGAACUCACCUGCAAAGUUCAGGAUCUUCACAGCAUAACGCCAGAUAGAUACCUCUCCGUUUGUGGAGCCACAUUCAAUGAUUUGAGCUAUCAGCUUGCAAGAAUAUAUGGCAUUGCCGUCAAGGGUCUUUUUGUGAGUAAUGCGGGAGGCUCGUUUGUAUUGGGAUCUCCAGAUAUUACCAACUGCUGGAUCAUCGAUACAUUAGACAACAAGCCGGUUACAAAUUUGGAUUCAUUUAUAGAAGUUAUGAAAAAGAUCCCAGACAGGGCAUUUAUUCCGGUUAAGUACCACCACCUCACUGAUGCUCAUGUCCCACUAUUCAAAUACAUUUUUAUCGACAGACAUUGGUACAGAUCCUUCAGAAUGGCCAGGAGAAAUGACGAAACCGGACUCUGGGACUUCACAACAAUUCAAGAUAAGCCUUUGCCGCCACUUCCAAUCACUCCAAAGCAUGCCAAGUUUAUGGAUCUACCAUCUGAGUUUAACGGGUGCAAGAAGUUAGUGAGAUCUUUUGCCUUGGUCGAUGCCACAUAUCCAUUGCCAUUGGACUCUUUCCCUGGUCACAUCAGGAGAGUUUAUGGAGUUAUUAUCGAUGCUGAACAUGGAUACAUUCUCACAUCCAGACACUGCAUAGCACACGAUUUGUGCGACAUCAACGUUUCCAUCGCUGAAUCCAUAAUUAUUCCUGGAAAGGUGGUUUUCCUGCAUCCAACGAAGGGAUAUGCAAUUGUUAAGUAUGAUCCGUCAUUAGUUAAGGCGCCUGUGGAAACACCCAAGUUUGGAACAAAGCCAUUGGACAGGGGUGAAAAGGUGGUUUUUGUUGGAUACAACAAGAGCCUCCGGGUGGUUCUUGAUGAAACCAAAGUAAGCGAUAUUGGAGUCAUCAAUAUUCCAUCAAAUUCAAACUCUCCAAGGUACAAGGCAACCAACGUUGAGGCCGUUUUAAUUGAUUCCACCGCGGGUCAAAAAUGUAGCUCUGGUGUGCUUGCUGACAAGGAUGGCACAGUGCGGGCUUUCUGGUUAUCAUGCGAUGGUGAGGAGGACAAAAUGUAUACUAUGGGUGUGAAUGUUACUGAUGUCAUGUGGGAAUUGGAAUUUCUCAGAGACGGAAAACUUCCGGAUUUGAAGAUUAUAGACGCCGAAUUCGGUUCCAUUCUUAUAGCUACUGCCAGAAUCAACGGUGUUCCGGAAUCUUGGAUUAAGCAGAUCGAGGAUCAUGCUACAGACAAACUUCAGUUCUUGUAUGUUCCAAGUGUUAGCACCAAUUUGGAUAACGAGCCUGCUUGUGAUCUUAAGCCGGGUGACAUCGUUUUAUCUGUGAAUGGUAAACUCAUCACCAGAUUCCGCGAUGUCGACUCUAUCAUCAAGGAAUUGACUCCUGAAACCGAAUAUUUGUCGUUUAAGGUUGUCAGAGAGAAGGAAAUGAUGGAGGUUCAGGUGAAGCUAACACGGACGGCCAACUUCCUUACAAAGCAGGUCGUUUUUUGGUCUGGCUGUGCUUUACAGGAGCCCCAUCAUGGUGUUAGACAGGCGAUCAAAAAUCUUCCUUCCAAGGUUUAUUGCACAUCCAUGUCGCAAGGUUCCCCAUCCAGAUUCUACACUGUUGGAAUUACCAAUUUCAUCACGCAUGUCAACGAGCAACCAACACCAACAUUGGAUGCUUUUAUCAAGGUCAUUAAAACUAUCAAAGAUAACAGUUACUGCAAACUGAGAAUUGUAUCAUAUGAUAACAUCCCAAUGGCACAGACGUUAAAGGUAAACUACCACUAUUUCCCAACAUCCGAACUCUCGAAAAAUGCCAAGACCGGUGAGUGGGAGUUCCAGAAUAUUAAAAUGGUGGAAAAGGACAAGGAUGAAAAAAAUGUAAUUGGUGAGGCAACACAUUAA